CAGGCGAAACUAAAUCAAACUUUCAUUCAACACGGCAACAAGAUGGCACUGUGUAGAAUCAUUUUCCUUGCGAUUAGUUGCAUAUUUUUGGCAGAAUGCCGGCAUUUGACGCGAAACGAAGCCUUGUCUAAAGCAUUCGAAGAUGUCUACAGCGAAUUCGAACGACCGCGUUUGGGCGAUGAGGUCAUCGAGCUCGAAGAAUUAGGGCCAAGACGAGGAAGAGAGAUUGCUCUGGGGCCAAGACGAGGAAGGGAACUUUUCGAUGAUGAAAGUGAUGAUGAAGAUGGCCCAAGACGUGGUAGAGACGAAAUAACUGGCCCAAGACGUGGUAGAGAUGAAAUUACCGGACCCAGGCGUGGUAGGGACGAAAUAACUGGCCCCAGACGAGGUAGAGACGAAAUUACCGGGCCAAGACGAGGUAGAAGUGAGAUUACUGGCCCCAGACGUGGUAGAGACGAAAUUACUGGUCCAAGACGUGGUAGAGAUGAAAUUACUGGCCCAAGACGUGGUAGAGAUGAAAUUACUGGCCCAAGACGUGGUAGAAGUGAAGUCACAGGACCACGACGAGGUAGAAGUGACAUUACUGGACCGCGCCGAGGGUAAAAAACACCAGAAAACGUUCAAAGUGAUCAUCCCGUUUAAACAUCUAGCAAGAACCUAUCAUUUAAGACGAGCAAAUUAAUAGCCACUGGCUCUAUUGUAACGAAAACUACAGAUAUUUUCGAAAUAAUAAAUUGUAAUGUAA